AACCACACCAUAGCCUCCAAUUGAUUGAUUGAUUGUUCACUGCAAAGCCACUUCACUUCAUUCAUAUGGUGCAUCAUUCACCAUAUAUAAAUCAUCAUCAAUUGUGCCAUCCAAAUAUAAUAUGUGAAUAAGUAUAUCAAGGUUUCGGUAUUCAACAUUGCUACAGUGCAUUACCAGAUACUUAUAUUAACUUGCUUACCUGCACCCCUCCCUCCCCACCACAGUGCUAUCACCCACUAUACAUCAUUCGUGAUUACAACCUUUACAUUCGUCCAAAUCUUGCUAAGAGUCUGUCACAAUGGCCAAAAAAUCGAAGAACUCCAUUCCGAACCCACCACGAAGUAUUUCUGACGACUCCAACAACGACGAUGGAGCUCCCGUUUACACACCACCCGAAACUGAGUCUAAUGAUAGUCUAUCGACCUCAGCUCAUCUUCCGGACCCAAACCAUCUCCACGAUGUAAUUAUAGGACUUCAAAAUGUCAAUCUUGCGCAAGAUAAAGCUGAUCAGCUGGAGCAAGAGGUAGACAAGGAUAUCUCUACGAAUAAAAAGAAGCAGGGUAGAGGUCGAAAUCGUUCUUCAAGCAAGAAAUCAGUUUCCGCAGAUGUCGUGGUCAGCAAUGUCACCGGUUCCCUCCAGAACCUUGCAGUUUCCGACAAAGAUCUAAACAAUUUGGAGUCAGAGAAGAUCAACCUGAAAGCUGCAAAGAACAGAAGGAGGAAGGAGAGGAAGAAGAGACGCAAGGCUCGACUAGCUGAGGAGGAAGAGCAAACCCGGGGUGAAAUAUCCAACUACAAAUGGUUCAAAGACGCGGGAUGGAACGACAUGAAAGAUUUCAUGAUAGGUCAUGGAUUUAAAUGGGGUGAUGUUGACGAUUAUGCUGCGGCAAGUGAGUUGAUCAAGAGACUCAAAGAGGAUCAAGGUUCCGAGGAACAUGCCGAACCAGAGCCACCAAAGAAAGAAGUAAUCAAGGAUGCUUCUGUCAAGGCAAAGAUUGCAAAGACCAAGAAGAAGACUGUAGUCGGCUUGUGGAAAGAUUACUUUGGAAAUGAAACUGAGCUUGCAAAUUGGCAAAGACUUUGCGUCGAUGUUGGCUUGGAAGAGAUACCUACAAGUAUUACUCAGUGUCGCAAGGCUCUAGGAAAAGUCUGGGUUAACAUCUUCGAUUUCCUCGACGCCAAAGCUGAAGGUAAACCAGUUAAGAGAUACCCGAGCGAACAUAAACUUGCUAAAUAUACACUGGACACUGGCAAAAUUUACCCAAAGAGUAAAGCUAAGGAAGGCGGUCCCGUUAGAGUUCUAUUGGCGCACAUUUUCAGACACUAGGAACAGAUUUAAUGAGGUUCUUGAGGCGUCAUUUUCUGACAUGUUACGCAAGGAUGAUUUUAUGAGCAAACGGAUGACAUAUUUGGGAAUUUGACUUUAUGGUUGGGAUAUCAGGAUUUGGGAUAGUAUGGAUGUUCAGCAUGAUUAUAGCGUAUUGGCAUGGGAUUUGUAUCGCGUUCAUCAGAUUGUGUUUGGGCGGGACAGUAAUAGCCUGGAGUGUGGAUAGCUGCAUAUACAACGCAUAUACAAGCAUUUUUGCACAUUCUUCUGAUGUUCUCGUUUGUUUUUACCUUUUCUACUUUGACAUCUCUUUUCUUUUUCUCUUUCUCCCUUGUUCUGAAUGCUCUCUAUUAUUUCCU